CAUCGGCAUAUGACAUCAAGUACCGCGAGCUGAGGCGAACGCAAACAGAGCGGUCUACUCUCGAAUCGCUAUCGCGAUAUCAUAUGCCAAACGCCGAUCAGAUUGCGCAGUGUAUAGCGCACCUAUUUUACCCACUUCGUUUGCCGUACACGAGUUCCUGAAAGAGCGAAAGUUGAGAAUGUGAAAAGAUGAUGAUGGACAGACUCCGCAUCUUAUUUGACUAAAUGUGUUGACAGGAUAAAUCUGGCCAUUCACUUUUUGUGUGUAGUGAAACUUUGUUUCCUCAGUGAAGAUGGAGCAAGGACUCGAGAUGUCGGCAAUGAUUCCUGCACUGCAAGAACUCGCCAGUGCUAGUUCGGUCGAGUACAACCAGGCUGUACAGAAACCUCGUCAGAUACUUUGUCAGUUUAUUGACAGAAUACUGACAGAUGUUGACGUUGUUGCUCUCGAAUUGUGUAAGAAGACCAGCACUGAGCCUGCAUGUGUAAUGCUUCUGGACUUUGUGCAACACAUCAUUAAAUCCUCUUCAUUGAUGUUUAUAAACCCAGCAUGUCUGUCUGAUCAGUUUAGAAACACAGAGAACAGCUGCACAGAUUUCAGUAAAUGGAUCAUAAACCGCCUGCUGCGAAUUGCUGCCAGCCCAGAAUGUGAGGAUCUUCACACGAAGAUCUCCUAUGUCAUAUGUUCAUUACUUCAUCUAUUCAAAGCCAAGGGUCCAGUCAUAUUUGGCUUGUUUUCUGCAGAGCUGAUACGUUUGAUGCAGUUUAUACUAAAUAUCAAUCUCAUGGUCAGACCGUCUCCACAAUGGCCAGUAGUGGUGGAGUGCUUCUCAAUCACAUCCUCCGCUGUUUACCUGACCCCCUCUGUCCUUGAGCUGUCCUCCGGUGCCUCGGCACACGCGUUGCUUGUCACUGUAUUAUCAGUGCUGACGGAUAUUUUGCGAGGCAUGUUUUUCCCAAAGGAAGUGGGCAUCGUGUGGGACUCUGCUUGCCUCAUCCUCUCCAAUGGGAGCCCAAAGCUAAAAGCAGCUUCCAUGUUACUUUUAGUUCGCAUUGUGAUCCUUGGAGGUUUCCCUGAAGAUCAUUCACAGCCAUUUUUCUCUGCUUAUUUGCAUCUGUUGGAUUCCUUGCCUGCUUGUAAGGAAUCAGAGCUCAGGGUCUAUGGCAAGGAAUUCCAAAAACUCUCUCAAUGUGUUUUCCAGCCAGAAGAAGGGCCACAUGGCAAGUUUGAGAGAGUCCAUUUAAACAUGUUGAUGGAGAGGCUGGAGAAAUUAGUGGUUGGUGGGACUCUUGAGCAGCUGACGGUGAUUGAAGUGAAAGCUACACUUUGUGAUGUCUUCUGCUUUGUCCUGGAGUUCGUACCUCAUGGAUAUGAAUGUGCAGUAGAGAUCCGGACGGAGAGGGUCACAGCCAUUUGCAAAGCUUUGAUUGGAACCAUUGGAACCCCUGGACAGCAGGAGCAAAUUGUGGAAGGCUUCUUGUUCGCUGCCCUUAAGACAGAGGCCAUCGCUGCACUGCAGGAAGUGCAUGCAGGUGUCUCUGACCCUGCUGACUCGAGUAUAUAUGAAGAGGGAGUUCCAGCCAAACGACAAAAUCUUUCCCUUCCAACACAACUAAGGAGCGGGGCCAAAACCCAACCAAUGCCGGUGGACAUGAAGAACAGAAGUGAGGUGUGGGCUGCUGUGGAUAGUCGACUGGAGGUGUUGCUGGUCCAGCUGAGGGACCACACAGUGAACCAGUGCGUGAACGUUGUGCAGGGACUGGCGGUUAUCUUCCACCUGGCAGCUCUUUGCUCCAGACACUGCCUGAAUGCACCACAAAGUGGCAGUAAGGAAAAGAUAUCGGAGAGCACAGAUACAGCACAGCUGGUUUGGUUAAAGCCUCCUGUGUUGGCUCAGAUAGUAGAGAGCUGCCGCACUGUGAUGGCCAACACCUCUAAAGAGGAGGAGCUGGAGCCUCUUGUAGAAGCUUCCGUCAGGAUCUUUGAUGCUGUUCUGUACAUUAAUGCCAACAGCCAGUCUGACACAAGUCACUGCAGGAAUCUUUGUGCCCUACUGUCGAUUCCUUGGGUGCUUGAGCAUUCUUCACAAACAGUUUAUCAGACAGCCUCUUUUCCUGCGAGUCUGAUUGCGCUGUCUCAGAAACUUGCUCCUGCGUACUCUGCACAAACUCAAGCACACUGUGUAUACCUGCUCGCUCUUCUGUCUAAGAGUUGUUUGUUGGGUCAGUGUGAAAGUGACUGGCUGUGA